AAAGUUGCGGCCACGCUGCAUAUCCAGUCGAAAUUUAGUUUUUUUUAUUUAGACGCGGAAAAACUGCACUUUCCCUAAACUUGCACGUUUCUGCUAUAUAAAAUGGAUAAAUUAAAUGAAAAGACGCGUGAAAGAACGCCCGUGAAGCUGGGCGAAGUCAACUUUACACCCAUAUUGAUAGCCCUGUUGGUGGGUUUCAUUAUUGUCGCAAUCUUUGUGAUCUUGCGGCGACGCUCGGCGGGUAGACGUGACUUCCUACUGACCGGCCUCAGUGAGGCGGGCAAGAGUGCCAUAUUCAUGCAACUGGUGCAUGGCAAGUUCCCUGAGACCUUCACAUCCAUCAAGGAGAACGUGGGUGAAUAUUACUCCGGUCAGCAGGCUGCCACCAGACUGGUGGACAUUCCUGGUCAUUAUCGGGUGCGCGACAAGUGCUUUGAACUGCACAAACGCAACGCCAAAGGAAUUGUCUUUGUGGUGGACUCAGUGUCUGUGCAAAAGGAUAUUCGUGAUGUGGCAGACUUUUUGUACACCAUACUGUCGGACAGCGCCACACAGCCGUGCUCUGUGUUAAUAUUGUGCAACAAACAGGAUCAAACGACGGCCAAGAGCUCUCAGGUUAUUAAGACACUGUUGGAAAAGGAACUCCACACAGUACGCGACACACGGAGUCGCAAGUUGCAGUCUGUGGGCGACGAUGAGGUUAACAAACCUAUUGUGCUGGGCAAACCAGGACGUGACUUUGAGUUCGCGCACAUUUCACAACAAGUGCAAUUCGUCGAGAGCUCGGCUAAGGAUAAUCAAUUGAAGCAGCUCACUCAGUGGAUCGAUCGAUUGUUGUAAACGCUGGACGACUGAUUAAUCACCACUAAACAAUUGAUAUUUAUAAGCACUCGCUUCUUAUGCACAUUUUGUUUGCUUUUUACAAAACACAAGAUUGUUAGAUCCUCUUUCGAAUUGCUCCCUUCCCAUUCUUCCCGGUAAAUCUAUAUUUAGGUUUAUAUUGCAUUUUUUAUAAUUACAAAAUCUUAUUUUUUAUAUAGGAUUAACGAAACGAAAUAAAAGUUUUUUAAAUGUUGACAA